AUGAGUUCUGACCGAGAGGAGUAUGACAUGGUCUGUCAGAGAGCUGUGACCCUAAUUGUUGACCUUUGCCUGCACAACAGCACAUUGUUGGAUCAGGACACCUGUCAGGAUUUCCUCUUCCUGCUGUCUGGCCAAAGCUCUGACCGCAAAGAUCCGGACGCUACUUUUGGCCUCCUGCUCGGUGUGUUUGUGGUCUGUGGCCUGGCUCUGCUGGGCCUUCUUACGUUCAUCUCCUGGAAGCUGUGCUGGGUGCCUUGGCGGAACAAGGCCCAUUUCGCCAAUUCAUCCCUCAACUCAGCCUGUGGCACCGAGCACUGCCCACUACAGCCGCCUCUCCUGCUGCCCAGUCCCCAGCAGCCGCCGGUUACCAUGGCGACAGAGAAGGUGAAGGACCCCUUGGGCUCGAUGGGCUUCCUAGAGGCAGCAGUGAAGAUAAGCCAUACUUCCCCCGACAUCCCCACCGAUGUGCAGCUCUCCAUGAGGGAGCACUUCCUGCGCCGCACGCAGCGCAUGCAGAGGCAAACCACUGAGCCGGCUUCCUCCACCCGGCACAAUUCAUUCAAAAGACACCUGCCCCGGCAGGUAGGCAGUCUGGACCUGGGAAAUGACUAUAUGAUGGACAAAGAUGAAAAGCCCACCAGCAUUGGCCGCAUCCAGCCAGAGCUAUAUCAACAGAAGGGCCUGGAGUCAGAGGACUCGUCCAAGAACGGCAGCAGCAAAAACUGUGGCAGGAUUAACUUCUCCCUCCAGUACGACUACGAAAACGAGGCCCUGCUAGUCAACAUCCUCAAAGCAGUAGACCUUCCUGCCAAGGACUUAUGCGGCACGUCCGACCCUUACGUGAAGGUCUACCUGCUGCCCGACCGAAAGAAGUUCCAGACACGCGUCCACCGGAAGACGCUCAACCCCACAUUCAGCGAGAGCUUCCAGUUUCCUGUGCCUUACGACGAGCUGGCGAUCAGGAAGCUUCACAUGAGCGUCUUUGACUUUGACCGGUUUUCGAGACACGAUAUGAUCGGUGAAGUGGUGCUGGACAACUUGUUUGAGACAUCGGACCUCUCCAGGGAGACAAACAUAUGGAGGGACAUCGAUUAUGCCACCACUGAAAGCGUCGACCUUGGGGAGAUCAUGUUUUCACUUUGCUACCUGCCGACCGCAGGCAGACUCACACUUACUGUCAUUAAAUGCAGGAACCUCAAGGCCAUGGACAUCACUGGAUACUCAGAUCCGUAUGUCAAAGUGUCGCUCAUAUGUGACGGGAGACGUUUGAAAAAGAAGAAGACGAGCAUAAAAAAGAACACGCUGAAUCCGACCUACAACGAGGCCAUCAUCUUCGACAUCCCGCCAGACAGCAUGGACCACGUCAGCCUGCACAUCUCCGUCAUGGACUACGACUUGGUAGGUCAUAAUGAGAUCAUUGGUGUGAUGCGGCUUGGAUGCAACGCCGAGGGACUUGGCAGGGACCACUGGAACGAGAUGCUGGCUUAUCCACGUAAACCCAUUGCACACUGGCACCCCCUGCUGGAGUCUAAGAAGUCUGAGAAAGAAUGGAAGGCGAGGACAGCCAGCUUUGACAGCCAAGGCUCGUGCCCCUCACCCAGACCCCCUGCGAGUCCCUGA